UUUCUCUCUCUCUCUCUACGAAACCCCAUAACGGGGCAGAUACACUUUCUCUCUCUAAAACACCCUCAAAAUGGCAACUUGUAUGUACCCUCUUUCUCUCAGUAAGGACUCCUUUUUUCAGCCGCUCUCUAGGACCAGUGCCGGAUACAUGUUCAUAUUUUCCCCUUAUUUUUGGCAACUACAAUCUGUUCAUCUCUCUUCCUCUCUCUCUCCAUAACGCGGCCGCAUACAUUUUCUCUCUCUAGAUGGACACACCCGCCAGGGGGAACCUCCAGAUUUAGCGGGGUCUUUUCUUUUUUUUAGAAACUAAGCCCAUUGUUUCUAUCUCAAACCAUUCUCUUCCUCUUUUCUUGGCGGGAAGACCGGUUUAAAAAUGGCAUCUAAUAUUAUAGAGAGAGAGUGAGAGAAAGAGAGAGGAGAGUCAUAUUAUAGAGAGAGAAAGAGAAAGAGAAAGAGAGAGAAGAGUCCUUAGUUGGUAUUUAUUUAAUGUCGUUUUUCUGCUCCAAAUAAUUAGGGAAAAAGGAAAAGCAAAAAUUGGAGUCCAAAAAAAGGAAAAAAAUUGAAUGAUAUUGAAGGAGGAUAUCAAUAAAUAGGAGGCGACCCAAGAACUGGGAGAAGAGGAAUCGGCACCUUUUUGAGAUGGCAGAUUCUACCGAUCCCAACAGUGUCAAGGAUCUCAAAAAAGAUGAUGAAACUGAGGAGAUCAAUGACAAUCCUAUUGAGCAAGUGAGAUUAACAGUCCCGAUCACUGAUGACCCCACGUUGCCGGUCCUAACUUUUCGGACAUGGGUUCUAGGCAUCAUCACAUGUUCUGUCCUUGCCUUUCUCAACCAGUUCUUUGGCUAUCGCCAAAAUUCCCUCUAUGUACCUGCGGUGGCUGCCCAAAUUGUGACCCUACCACUUGGGAAACUCAUGGCCAAGACUCUCCCGACAAAUUCCAUCACGAUCCCGGGAACAAAAUGGAAAUUCUCGAUGAAUCCGGGGCCCUUCAACUUGAAGGAGCACGUGCUCAUUACCAUCUUCGCCAACUCUGGCUCUAACUCGGUGUAUGCUGUGAACAUUAUAACGAUCGUUAAAGCCUUCUAUCACAGGCAACUCAACCCUUUCGCUGCGUUGCUCCUCUCCCAGACAACUCAGAUGCUCGGAUAUGGAUGGGCCGGUGUGUUUAGGAAGUUCCUUGUUGAUUCCCCGUACAUGUGGUGGCCAGCAAACCUGGUUCAAGUUUCCCUUUUCAGGGCACUACAUGAGAAGGAGGUUCGAUCGAAGGGCAGCAUGACUCGCCUCCAGUUCUUCUUAGCUGUCUUCCUCACCAGCUUCUCCUACUACGUUGUCCCCAACUACUUCUUCCCCUCCAUCACAUCCCUCUCUUUUGUCUGCUGGAUUUGGAAAGACUCAGUAACGGCUCAACAAAUUGGCUCUGGCCUCUACGGCCUCGGGAUUGGCUCCUUCGCUCUCGAUUGGUCCGCUGUCGCCAGUUUUCUUGGAAGCCCUCUUGCUACUCCAGGCUUUGCUAUAGCUAACAUAAUGUUUGGUUUCUUCCUUACCAUGUAUGUGGUGCUUCCUAUAACAUAUUGGACCAACUCUUUUCAAGCAAAAAGGUUCCCUAUAUUCUCCUCCCAUGUUUUUGAUGGUGUGGGGCAGCCCUACAACAUUUCAAGAGUGUUGGAUGAUGCCACAUUCUCCUUUAAUGAGGUUGGAUAUCAGGGAUACAGCAAGGUGCACCUUAGCAUCUUCUUUGUCUUUGCUUAUGGCAUCGGCUUUGCAACUCUUGCCGCCACUGUGUCGCAUGUGGCCCUCUUCCAUGGAAAGAAUAUAUGGGGUCAUUUUAGGGCAACAUUCAGGAAUCAAAAAGGUGAUGUGCACACAAGGAUCAUGAAGAAGAAUUACAAGGAGGUGCCUCAGUACUGGUUUUACAUCAUCCUGGUGGCCAUGAUUGUGUUGGCUAUCUCUUGCUGUGAAGGAUUUGGAGGGCAAUUGCAGUUGCCAUAUUGGGGUGUGUUCAUGGCUUGUGGCUUAGCCUUGUUUUUCACCCUUCCCAUUGGUAUCAUCCAAGCUACUACUAACAUGCAACCAGGGCUGAAUGUGAUAACAGAGCUGAUUAUUGGGUACAUUUAUCCGGGCAAGCCUUUGGCCAAUGUGUCUUUCAAGACAUAUGGUUACAUUAGCAUGUCUCAAGCCAUCAUGUUUUUGCAAGAUUUCAAGCUGGGGCACUACAUGAAGAUUCCCCCAAGAUCUAUGUUUGUGGCUCAGCUUGUGGGCACCGUCCUUUCCACUUCGAUCUAUUUUGGCACGUCGUGGUGGCUCCUUGAAUCCGUCCCGCACAUCUGUGACCGCUCCCAACUUCCUGACGGCAGCCCCUGGACCUGCCCUGGGGACGACGUCUUCUACAAUGCAUCUAUCAUAUGGGGUGUUGUCGGUCCCCUCCGAAUGUUCGGUUCCAAAGGCCUUUACCAACUCCAAAACCUCUUCUUUCUCAUUGGCUUCUUGGCCCCAGUGCCUGUAUGGAUUCUGUCUAAGAAGUUCCCUAAUAAGAAGUGGAUUAGUCUAAUUAACAUGCCACUCAUCAUUGGAGCCACUGGUAAUAUGCCUCCUGCAAGGGCUGUUAAUUUCAUUUGCUGGGGAAUUGUUGGAUAUAUCUUUAAUUUCCUUAUUUACAAGAGGUACAAAGGUUGGUGGGCACGGCAUACCUAUGUACUAUCGGCUGGAUUAGACGCCGGAGUUGCGUUUAUGGCUGUUUUAUGCUACUUCACUCUACAGAUUAAUGACAUUAAUGGGCUGAAUUGGUGGGGGCUCGAUUUGGAUGACCAUUGCCCUCUGGCACAUUGCCCUACUGCUCCUGGCAUCCAAGUCGCGGAUUGCCCGCCUUUCUAAACACAAAAGAACCACAAAAGAAGACGACGAAUGAUGAUGAUGAAGGAGAAAAAGGUUUAGUUACUGUAGAUGAAUUUGGUUUAAAAGUGGGUUUCAGAGGAUUUGUUCAUGUAGAUACACAAUUGGAAUAGUAAUUGGGCGUUUGUUCAAUAAACAUUUCAAAAAGUAAUUGGGUGUUUGUUCAAGAAACAUUUCAAAAAGAAAAGAAAUAUUUCAAUACUGGCUUCAUAUUCA